UAACAAGAACAAGUGUCCUACACAACCCUAACACUAGGAGGUUAAGGUAUAUGACUAAGGCUGACGGCUCAGCAAGUUAUGGUACUCCAGCUGUACACCUUUCUUUGUCUGUCUCUAAACACACCAUGAACACCUAUAAAAAUCACAAACAUGAUCAUUACAUCUCGCCUCAGUACCGACAUACUCAGCCAGAAGCAACUCAGAUUUUAGAUUUACCCCAUGCAACAUGGGGGCUAGUUUAUUGGGCACCCAUUUACAUUCUGUCUAAGGCAAAGCACUGAAGCAUUACAGUGGCCAACAGGGAAGCAUGUGGAGUUCAUGUCUUAGACUUGGAUGAGAGGUGGGCGAGAGUACUUGAGGGGCCAUUGGUCUUGUUUACAAGUUACAUGUAGUAAAGUAAUAAGUGUACAGUACUUUAUAUAGGGAAGAUUCCCUGUGCACUUCAUCUGUGUGUAGCAAAGUUUGGUAGGUUCCCUAAAAAAUGAUGAGGAAUACAAUUUUUAGUGUAUGUAUUUGUGAUGUGUUGGUGUCAGGAACGUCCAUGGAGACUUACUCACCAUACAACUACAGAACUUUGUUAUAACACCUGUCUCAUGAUCCAACAUGCUGUCCAAUGCAGCUUUUCCCAACUCACUCUAAGUACCAUUUCCUAUUGCUCCCUCUCCUCCCAGGUAGAUGCUGUGUAACAAAUGAUCUGUAUAGAGGUCAGCAAAACCAGAAUUGAAUUAUGUAGCUCUGACAGCCAUUUAAACAGGCUAAGAUCUAUUUGCACAGCUUCAACCACUAUGGUACCUUAUCAUGUUAAGAGUAUGUUUUAUUCAUUGUCACUUAUGUUGGGAGGUGGAUUGACUUCAAGCUUACCAAGGUGCCAUGCAGGACGAAAGUAAGGAAGCACAGUACAGGUACAUUUCCAUGCAGAGGGUAGCAGAUGUGGAGCAGUUAUCAGCACAAGCUAUGAGAGUAAGAACAGUACUGGACUUCAAAAUAACCUUGGGCAAGGCUAUCAAGAACCAUAGAAGGAUUAUAUAAAGAACAUUGGCCUCAUUCCCUCAUCAUGGCCACCUAUAAUUGAGGUGGCAUUAAGAGUGUGUGAACAAAUAUAAGCAACAUGUUUUCUUCAUCUUCAAACAGUCUCAAUAAAGUGCAUACAAAUCAAACUAAAUUUAUCCAGGAAAGAAUAUCAGGGGUGGAGAAGCACUUUGGUCGCAUCUGUAGUGCCACGGGUGCUUACACCAGGAAAACAGCCAAACUGCGAGAUAAGGGAGACAACCUUUCUAAGACUCUCAUGGAUUAUGGCGAAGUAGAAAACUUGAACAAAAGCUUGCGAUCAGCACUGUGUGAAACAGCAGAUACAUUGGCAGCUGUUCAGGAUUACAGACAUGUGGAAGUUGAGAGGCUAGAGACAAGAGUUGUUGGAGAAAUUGCCUUAUAUGGAGGCAUAUGCAAGACUGCGAGGGAGGAAUUGAAACGAAGCUUUGAUACACGCCAGCAGGAAAUUAAUCAUAAACAGAACCUGGAAAAAACUAAAAAUCGCCAUCCUCGAAAUAGGCAGCAGAUUGUAAUUGCUGAAACAAAGCUCCAGAAAUCUACUUUAGAAGCAAGGCGUGCGUGUCAGAACCUUGAAGAACAAAUGGACCAGUUUGAACAAAGAAAAGUGGCAGAUUUAAAGAAAAUACUAAGAGAAUUUGUCCAGACUGAACUGGCCUUCCAUGCAAAGGCACUGGAACUAUAUACUAAGGCAUAUAAUCAGAUUUCUAAUAUUGAGGAGGAAGAAGAUCUUGAGGCAUUCCGUAACGCAAGGGAUGUCUUUGAUGCGGAGUUCCGUAAUGCUUUGAAAGGAGAUGCUGCAGCCAGAGCUGAGGUAGUAGGAGCAGGACAUGGCUCAUCACUUUCUCCAGUCAUCGCUAGCUCUCGAGAAAAGAAGGAAUCACAUAGAAAGCGAGACAUGAAGAAGUCCUUGGAGAAGCUUCAGGUCGAGGAUUACGAGGAAAUCAAUGAGAGCACUUCUAGUGAAGAUGAUUGAUUCUGGUCAUAAGUGGAAUAAUUGAGGCUAAAUUUUAUCUGAGUAAGUACUGCACUGUUUCAUCAUUUUUAAAUUCAAUAAUUUGAAUGGCAUAAGCAAAGUUUAUUGUUGGUAAGAUGAUUGGCAACAGAAAUGUGGGAGAGUAUUACAUACAGUACCCUAUUCACCUUCACAUAAGCACUCAUAUUUACAGUACAGUAUCUAGUAGUCUUAGUAUUGAACAUUGAAAUAUUUAUACUGUAAUGAGUAAAAUUUUCUAUUCAUGAAAACCCUAGUUAUGAUGGCUUAUUGAACUUAUGCCAGAAUAUGUAUACUUUUUUUUUCAUUUAGUUACUUUAUUGACACUUUAGAAGAUGUAAGGCAGCUUCUGUGAAGAUAUUACUGAAAUGGUAUGACUGUUUCCUAUUGUUUCAUAGCUUUUAAAAUUGUAUACACCAUAGUUAAUUUGGCAAGAGUAUUCUUAAUAAAAACAUGAAGAAAAAC